GGGAGCCUCCGGCCCGGAGCGCGGAAGCCCCCUGCUCCGAGCCCUCAGACCGGGACUCCCCCCUCCCCUCCCCAAGCCGGGACUUCCUCCCUGCACCCCUGCCCCGAGGCUGCCCCGCGGCCAGGACCGCCGCCCCGCGUCAGCUCGGCUGUGUGGAUGCUUGCCGGGCUGGGGCCGUGAGGCACUGAGAAGGCUCAGGAACACCCGUGUCUGGCCCUGCCUGGGGUGUUUCUUCAAUGGAGAAGUUGGUGAGUGUGGAGAAGGCAGAAAGGAGGAAGAGAAGCAGCAGCUGAAGAGACAGGUUUGAGUUGGUUCGGGGAGCCUAGAGAGCAGGAAGCGGCCUGCCCACCUACCGGAGAAGUAGCAGAGAGAGCCUCUCACCAGCAUCCUCUGUGAAGGUUAAGAAGGCUGACCCACGCCAUCGUCUGGACACCCUCGGAGUCCCCUCCCCACGAUGCUGUAUGUGCACAAUGGUCAUUAGGCAAUCCACCUGUCAGGAAAAGGGACAUUCUUCUGGACGGCUGAUCCCUGCGACCUAAUGACUCCUUUGUGAAAAGUGGACGCAGCUAGGAUGUUACACCACCACUGUCGAAGGAACCCUGAGCUCCAGGAAGAGUUGCAGAUUCAGGCUGCGGUGGCCGCCGGGGAUGUUCACACAGUGCGGAAGAUGCUAGAACAAGGCUAUUCGCCGAAUGGCCGCGACGCUAACGGCUGGACCCUGCUCCACUUCUCGGCAGCGAGAGGAAAGGAGAGAUGCGUUCGUGUGUUUCUAGAACACGGAGCCGAUCCCACGGUUAAGGACUUAAUCGGAGGCUUCACUGCUCUUCAUUACGCAGCCAUGCACGGCCGGGCCCGAAUUGCACGCUUGAUGCUGGAGUCCGAAUACCGGAGCGACAUCAUCAACGCCAAAAGCAAUGACGGCUGGACUCCCCUCCAUGUGGCUGCGCACUACGGCAGGGACUCGUUUGUCCGGCUCCUCCUGGAGUUCAAGGCCGAGGUCGACCCGCUCAGCGACAAGGGGACGACGCCGCUGCAGCUCGCCAUCAUCCGGGAGAGGUCCAGCUGCGUGAAGAUCCUCCUGGACCACAACGCCAACAUCGACAUCCAGAACGGUUUUCUGCUGCGAUACGCUGUGAUCAAAAGCAAUCACUCUUAUUGCCGAAUGUUUCUCCAGAGAGGAGCAGACACAAACUUGGGUCGCUUGGAAGACGGACAGACUCCCUUGCAUUUGUCUGCCCUUCGGGAUGACGUACUCUGUGCACGGAUGUUGUAUAAUUAUGGAGCAGACACGAACACGAGGAACUACGAAGGGCAGACCCCAUUGGCUGUUUCUCUAAGUAUUUCUGGAAGUGGCCGGCCGUGUUUGGAUUUCUUACAAGAAGUCACAAGGCAGCCCCGAAACUUGCAGGACCUGUGCCGAAUUAAAAUUCGACAGUGUAUAGGCCUUCAAAACCUAAAGCUACUUGACGAACUACCAAUUGCCAAGGUCAUAAAAGACUACUUAAAACACAAAUUCGAUGAUAUCUGAUAGACACCGAACUGUGAGCAAGAUUAGGAGUUAUAUUCCAGAUACUUAAAAGGCUUUUUGCCUUGCACAAAGUAUAUCCUAUGCAAUUUCUGAUUUGCCGUGAAGUCAGAAAGCAGGUAUACACCUUUAGGUUUAUUUUUGUUUGGUUGGUUGUUUGGUUUUCAUUGU